GCUUAAAGCUUAUACAAUUCAAAAAGCUAAGCUUAUUUUUUCAAAAGCAAAAAAAAAAAAAAAAAAACCAUUCAUGGAAGCAGAGGAAAUUUUGAAGCUUUUUGAUAUUUUGUGGUUUGGGCUUCAAAAUUUGAAGGAACAUUCAUGUACUUCAACAUUAACAAAUUCUCAUGAAAACCAAUAUCAUCAAAUUGAAGGGUCAUCUGAAAAAUCAAUGCUUUAUAGCAGAAAAACCAAUCACACAAGGUCCAUGAGUGACCAAUUGAGCUCCAUGACAAGUUUCAAAAAUGAUUCUUAUUCACCAAACUCUGUCCUUUUUGAUCAGCCAAAGCUUCAAACAAUCCACUCAGGAAAAGAUGUAACAAACUACACAGAAACUGAAAACCAAACACCUGAACAGCUUCAUGUUUUGUCUAAGAAGAAUAUGACAAGAAGUGGAAGAAGGAAAAGGGAAAGCAAGAGUUUGUCAGACCUUGAGUUUGAGGAAGUCAAAGGGUUCAUGGAUCUUGGUUUUGUUUUCUCAGAGGAAGAUAAAGAUUCAAACUUGGUUUCAAUCAUACCUGGCUUGCAAAGGUUAGGGAAGAAUGGUGAGGGUGAAGAGGAUUCUUGUGAUGAAUCUGCAAUCCAAAGACCUUACCUCUCUGAAGCAUGGAAGGUUCAGGAAAUGAGAAGGAAAGAGAAGCUUAUGAUGAAUUGGAAAAUUCCUGCUCCUACCAAUGAAGUUGACAUGAAAUAUAGUCUUAAGUGUUGGGCUCACAAUGUUGCUUCUACUGUUAGAUGAUGAAGUUCAUGUGCUUGUAUCUUGAAAUUUUUUACUUUAUUUUGGCUCCCUUCUUUUCCUACUUUUUUUUUAGUUGUUCUAUUUAUCUUCUGCAAUUUUAUGGAAAUUUACAUUCCACAAACAUGUAAAUUGUAAUUUUGGACUAAAAAGAUGGGGAUGCCACUCAGCAUUUUGGAUAUGAUAGUUCAAUAUGGUGUCAGGAA